AUGUCCGCUUCUGUACUGGAUCAGAUUGUACAAUCGUCACGGAGAGCACUCGUCAAACUACACAGUCAUCAUAGAAAGCAGCGAUCACCGACAAGUAGCAUAAAGAAAUACAGCAUCCAGCCCAUCAAUGACCAUGCCGCCUUGGUAUCGCUUGCCGAAGACUAUCUCUUUGGACGGAACGACAAACCACGCGAUCAGGCACUUGCAGUCGAAUUGUUACACACGGCCCAUGACUAUGCACCCGCGCAAGCCAUCCUUGGAUUCUGUAGCGAAUUCGGAAUUGGCUGUGGACAAGAUUUCCGGACAGCUGAAAGCUACUACAUGGCUUCAACUACUACUACUACUACUACUUCUUUCAUUCCCAAUAAUGAAUGUGGCGACGGCGAUAAUGAUGACCACGACGAUGAUGAUUUUAAUAACGACAACGGCACCAGCAGUAAAAUCAACCACAACAACAAUAAGACAAACAACAACGCCGAUCAGAAACAACAACAAUUUAAUGACAUUCGGAUGCUGGCUAUUUUAAGGUUGGCCUUUCUACGAAAGUAUGGGCGGCCCGGUAUCAAGAUCGACAGAAGCGAGUCGGAACAUUGGGAAGCACUCGUCCAGCGUAACAGCAUUGCCGUCAACUGGUUACAAAGGGGUGCUUCCGAGGGCUGUGCCGCCAGCCAGUAUUGUCUCGGUGUGUGUUUUCACGACGGCAUCGGUGUCCCCAGGAAUCCGCAUGCUGCAUUCGGGUGGUACAAGAAAAGCGCCGAGCAAGGCAACUGCCGUGGCCAGGGCAUCCUCGGCUAUUGUUAUGGUGAAGGCUUUGGUGUUGACAAAGAUCAACAGAUGGCGCUCAAAUAUUAUCAUUUGGCCGCCAGUCAGGGCGAAACCGUUGCCAUCUACAACAUCGGUUAUUGCUAUGAAGAUGGCAUUGGCGUUGACAAGGAUGUCCAAGAGGCCGUGAAAUGGUAUCGCAUGUCGGCAGAAAAGGGCAAUGCCUUCGCUCAAAACUCACUCGGCUAUUGUUUUGAAGACGGCAUCGGGGUUGGAAAAGAUGUGGAGCAAGCGGCCCUUUGGUACCAGCAAUCGGCAGAACAAGGUUACCCCUGGGCUCAGUGUAAUCUUGGUUACUGUUUUCAGAAUGGCAUUGGCUUGCCUCAAGACGCUACCAUGGGUGCAUAUUGGUAUGCCGAAGCAGCACGACAAGGCCAUUCACGGGCACAGCACAACCUGGGCUUUUGCAAGCAGAAUGCCAUUGGCGUGGAACGUAAUGAACAAGAAGCCGUAAAGUGGUACAAGAAGUCUGCACAACAAGGCAACAUCUUUGCCUUUCAUUCUCUCGGUUUCUGUUAUCAGAAUGGUAUUGGCGUCGAACGGAACGAACAAGAAGCAGUUUAUUGGUAUACAUUGAGCGCGAAAAAGAACCAUGCACCAGCGCAAUUAUCAUUGGGUUUCUGCUUGCGUAAUGGAGUUGGUAUCGAAAAGAACGAGCGUGAGGCUGUCCGGUGGUUUACCUUGGCCGCAGAACAAGGUAAUGCUUUGGCUCAGAAUUCCUUGGGCUUUUGCUAUGAAGAAAGUAUCGGUAUGGAUCAAGCGGAUCCCAAGCAAGCCGUCAGCUGGUAUCAAAAGUCAGCAAAGCAAAACAACCCUUGGGCUCAGUGCAAUCUUGGUUUUUGUUAUGCCAAUGGAAUAGGUGUAGAAAUGGAUGCUACGCGUGCUGUACAUUGGUAUCGACGUGCUGCAAGCCAAAAUCAUGCGCGCGCACUAGACAAGUUGGGCGUUCAUCUGCAAACAGGUAUCGGCGUACGACAAAAUCACGUACUAGCGGUCAAAUAUUUCCGUCGCGCGGCAGAACAAGGCCAUACCGCUGCACAGUAUCAUCUGGGAUUGUGUCAUGAACGAGGCAUGGGUGUGUCUGUAAACUUGCAAGAAGCUCUGUAUUGGUUUGAGCGUGCUGCUUUGACCGGUUGCCGAAGUUCACAUGAACGAUUGAGACGACUGUUGCUACGCUAUUGCUUGGAAAAUGCGUCGGUGGCAGACAUGCUUGACUCCGAGCACUUGUUUCCUAAAGGAAUCCACUCUAUCGGAUGGAUUGCGGGCUACAGUGCUCCGGCUGCUUAG